CACUCGCCGCAUCCGCACGACUCACGACCGACGCCCGCGCCCGGUGUCGUAUUACCGCUCUAAAAAUACACCGCGAGCGCGAUCGCCUAUUUGGAAACGAUAGCGCGCCGUGUUUUGAACCAGUGAUUGACAGUGCCGAUUGAAGAAUCUCUCCCGAUCGACUAAAAACCGACUUCCAAUAUGGCACAGUUAUUAACUGUGCGGUUAAACAAAUCUGACCAGCAACCUCUCGGCUUCCGGUUGCAGGGCGGAAAAGAUUUUGGCACACCUCUAGUUGUCCAAAAGGUAAACGGUGGCAGCGCAGCAGAGCGCGCCGGUCUGCAGGCGGGCGAUGCGCUGAUCCGCGUCAACAACACCGAUGUGUACACACUGCGGCACCAAGAGGCCCAGGACACCAUCCGUGCCGCAGGGCCUAUGCUCGAGCUCACCGUGCAACGCGGCGGUAGUACAUGGAGGCCUAGCGUGACUCCCACUGGUAGCCUCCCCAGGCCAGGUUCGCGUCCUCUCGGUGCUAGCCCUGUGCCAGUAACAUCCACGUCGUUGAAGGCCACCCCACAACCAUCCCGAGCCUUCGGAUCUGGGCACAACAACGUUGCCAAACCAUUCGGCUAUAUGAAUGGAAGCGACUCGGUGAAGAGCAUUGUGAACAAACAGUACAACACGCCAGUCAACAUGUACAGUGACAAGACCAUCGCCGAGACACUCUCCGCCCAAACCGAGGUGUUAGCUGGCGGAGUAUUGGGAGUUAAUUUCAAAAAGAAUGAAAAAACGUACGACGCAGAAAAGAGUGCCGUAUUCAAGGUGCUACAAGAAGCUGAAAACGAUCCUGAGCCAGAGCCGAAUCCAUUUUACUCGCGUGCGAGCGUGGCUCGGGCGGGGACGCCGAGCAGCCUGCUGCGCUCGCACCGCUCGCGGUCGCGCACCCCGCGCGUGGAGACCGCCCCGCAGCCGGCGGUGCCGCGCGCAACCACGGGCACGCAGACGCCGCAGCCCGAGCCCGAGCGCCUGGCGCCGGAGCCACCGCACCGGCCCAGCAUCCCCGUAGGCUGCCACCAGGUGCUGCCCGACGGCCGCAUCGCCCUGGGCGCGCCCGCUCAGCCCCCGCCCGACUCCGCCCUGCCCGUCGUCAAGGACACGCCCCACUGCGACGAGUGUUACCGCUACAUCGUUGGCGUUUUCGUGCGUAUCAAGGAUAAGAAUUUACACGUGGAAUGCUUCAAAUGUUCGACGUGUGGCACCUCGCUUAAGAAUCAGGGCUACUACAACAUAAACGGCAAGCUGUACUGCGACAUACACGCUAAGCUCGUGGCUCGCCAGAACCCGCCAGCACUUAAUUUGGAGCCAGUCACCGUGCCACCCGGUGGACGUAUUCCAACCAAUACCUACUCCACCCCACUACCGCCGCUCGCUACCAACAACUAUACCAACGGUUCCUCAUCCUUAUUCAGCCCAUCUAGCAACCUGUCGGGACCGAAGCCGUUUGGCUCAUCUAUCGGCUCGGCAUAUUCGCCGUCGCUGUCACCACGCUCCGGCCCCGUAUCACCAGCGAGGCCCGUCAACGCGCCCACCGCCGCCCCACAUAUGCCUUUCGCGCCAACCAAAAAUGUUAAAAGCAUUGUGUGGCCCCCUCCAAAUCCCCCUGAAGAUGAGCCAUCAACACAAGAAAAUAUACCGAAUACCUGUAAACCAGCGACAACUACUGAUUUGUCAUCGAAAGUCCCAACGGAAUCUUUAUUAUUGCAAGCACGCAAUACAUCUUCAUCUCAAGCAGCAAGCGAACAGCUAAAAUCUGUUGCUCAAGUUUCUGCAACCUCGACAUCGCAGAGUACAUCAGAAUUUUCUUCAAAUUUAUCAUUCUCUGCUGCCAGUAUGUCGAAAGCAGCAGCUACAACAUCGAAAGUUGAAUCUAUUGUUGAAAGUAAACAAUCUCAAAAAGUUGAACAAUCAUCUAGCUGUACUGUUCAAAGUUUUUCACAGCAGGCUGCUUCGGAAAGUCAAAGCGUUGCUGUUUAUCAAACAAAUGUAACUGCGCAGGAAGCAAAGAAACCAAAUGAUCAAACAAUAAGUUCUAUCAAGUCUGACAUUCAGAAAACUAUAGAAGAAAGUUCUAACCAGAUGGAGCAAUGCGCAGAAACAAAGCAAUCGCAAGUCAAAAAAGAAGAAACAAGUAAUUACAAUGAAGAACAGCAAAGAUCUACCCAACAAAAAAGCGAAAACACUAAUUCUAAUUUGUUGCUGGCUCAAAAAGAAGAAACAGUUUCGAUUCAAAACGAGGGUCUACGCGAUACUAACACAACCAAUCAAGGUGCUGAAAAAAGUGAGGAAAUUAAUCAAACUACUGCAACUCGAAGUCGACCUACUACUCCAAGUUUAAUUAACAAACCAGCGCCUAUAAUACCGCACUACCAAAUGAACUUGAUUACUGUUGAGCACCUGGCACCCGAUACCUACACUUAUAAUCCAUCUAGUGAUGAAGGCAGUAGAUCACCAACGCCCAAACCAAGGUCUCGUUCGCCGGCACAAGGACCAUCAGGAUUAAAAGCUCAAGCUCCUCGUAUUAAGGAAGCAAACUCAAAUUUGUUUAACCAAGUGCAGCAACAGGCAACAACAAAUAGACAAAGUAAUUUGAUGAAUGUCAAUGUUGCGAACUCUAUGAAUUUUCCUACUUCUCAACCGUCUAUUGUAAAAGAAGAACGGCUUUCGAAUGUUGGUUACCAAACGGAAAGAUAUAAUCAAAAAGAUAUGAGUAUCAAAGAGAACUCUAUGUAUAAACAAAAUUAUGCUCAAAGGCAAAUGGAAUCACAAAAUGUGUCCGAAUAUGGAAACACCACCGUUCAAAGGACUCAAAAGACUUUUGAGGAAUUCGAACGGAAACAAUCAGCAAAAGUAAUAGAAAUUAGAAAAGGCCCACAACCUUCUGGCUCAUAUCAACCAAUCGAAUCUAACAUUCAGCCAUCUUUUAUUAAUACUAAGGAAGUUUACCCUUCACAAUCAAUUAGUAGUACGGCAUUCCCUAAACAGAAUGUAUGUUCUAAUACUACUAAUAAAAAUGUUGCAAGUUCUAUUACACAGUCUGAUAUGUAUCAAACAAACCCUUUGAAUUCUGGUGCUAACCAAGAUCCAGUGUGUGAUCCUACCCCGUCGACAGGUUCCAGUGUAGGAGUUACUCCACGGGGCAAAAACUUUGGUGUAUCAACGGCUCCUAGACGUGGAAGGGGAAUAUUAAAUAAAGCGGCCCUGCCCGGAUCUCGUGUACCACUUUGCGGAUCUUGCAAUGGAAAUAUUAGGGGUCCAUUCAUAACAGCUCUGGGUCGUAUUUGGUGCCCUGAACACUUCAUUUGCGUCAAUGCUACAUGCAGGCGUCCAUUACAAGAUAUCGGAUUUGUCGAGGAGAAUGGUCAACUCUACUGCGAAUAUUGUUUCGAACAGUAUAUUGCUCCGGCUUGCGACAAAUGCCACGCAAAAAUUAAAGGGGAUUGCUUGAACGCCAUCGGUAAGCAUUAUCACCCUGAGUGCUUUAUCUGUGUCUACUGUGGAAAGGUGUUUGGCAACAACACAUUUUUCUUAGAAGAUGGCCUACCGUACUGCGAGGCUGAUUGGAACGAGUUGUUCACGACCAAAUGUUUCGCUUGUGGCUUCCCCGUGGAGGCUGGCGACAGGUGGGUCGAGGCGCUCAACAAUAACUACCACAGUCAGUGCUUCAACUGCACGGUGUGCAAAAAGAACCUCGAAGGACAAAGCUUCUUUGCCAAAGGAGGCCGACCCUUCUGUAAAGCUCACGCACGCUAAAACUCCCGAAGAAUUUUUCUAUAAUACUGACACUGUUUACACUACAAAAGUAUUUCGACCUAUUCCUAUUACUCCGAGUGCCAAACCUAAAAUCGACUCCCCUUCACCACAAAGGACUAGAAAAUUAGAAAC